CAUUUCUAGUGGCGAAUUGUGCCAAGUGGAUUCACAUUUGGAGUGAAAUUUUAAACAUUAGUUUGAAGUGGAUAAAGGUCGAAUUGCGAUUCCUACACUUAAACCACGCCAUAAUCACGUUGAGGAACUAAUAUGUUAGCAAUAAGUAGGCCUGUGAAGAGAUCGUGAUUGGAUCGCAGCCAUAGCACAUUGAAUUUUGGUACAGAACUAUUUUGGUUGAUAUGUUACGGAUAGUGAUUCUACUAUACUUAGGGGUAUGAACUUGGAUGUUAAAUCUUGAACAAUCUAUAAAACACUAUAAGUAGGGACGUUAUUUGUAUGAGAUAUAUCAGAAUGCGGCCAAGAAUAUUGUGAUACAGGAUUUGAGAUUUAGUUAAUGUCGGUGAACAAUGUGUUAUUACAUAUUUGACUGUGAUUCUUGACUUCCUGAAACGCAAUACGAUAAAGCCAUCAGUAUUUAAGGAAUAUGAGGGACGUUAUGUUUGGUACAACGACCAAGACACCACUAAAUGAUACGUGUCCUGACUUUGACCCAACGGCUGGCGAACUUUUCGAAACUAUUGGUGAUCAUCCUGGCGUAAUCUCUAUCCUGGUAGUGUGUACCAUCAUAACAAUAAUCGAGUGUAUAUUGUUUUGUGAGGCUGCGCAUUACGUAGCGUCUACGAUCCCGUACACAGAUCGACGCAAUUGUAUUAUCUGGAUACUGGGAAUUUACCCUGUUUUCUGUCUGACGUCACUUCUAGGUUUGUACAUACCAAGAUCUGCAGUACUAUGCAAUUUGACUGCAUCUGUAUAUUUCUCCGUUUGUCUUUAUCAAUUCUUCGUUUUAAUAAUCGAUUACUAUGGAGGGCAUGAUUCAAUCCUACUGCAGAUGAGUAAUAUUGAGGUGUCACUACGAAGUCCGCCAAUCGGCUGUUUCUUCCCUUGCUUACCCACCUUUAAAAUGACAGAGAAAAAUUUACUUCGUAUAAAGAUAGCGGUGUUCCAAUGCGCUUUGAUAAGGCCAUUUGUCUUGUUCGUCACAGAAGUACUGUGGCUAAACGGAACAUACGUUCCGGGAUCGUUAGCGUCGGACGAAGCGUUCCUAUACGUAAAUAUAAUAACGCUGACGUCAACGAUAAUUGCGAUAUACGCAUUCAUCAUGUUUUACCGUGCGUCACGUGAACCACUACACGGCUUCAAACUGACACCUAAGUUCAUAGUGGUGCAACUUGCGUUAAUUUGUAGCAAUAUUCAAAUUAUUUUCCUCGGAAUUCUCGUUCUUACUGACGUCAUACCUUGCGACGAUCCAUUCCCGACGGAUUCCCGCCACAAUCGAUGGCAGUGCUUGAUCCUGACACUGGAGUCCGCAAUCAUCUUUCCGUUCGUUUUGAAAUUUUUUCGUACGAGAAACGGAAACAUCGUCAGCAUAUUAGGGAAUGGGAGAGUGAAGGAAAUAAAAGAAGGAGCUAGCCUUCUACGGAAAAGCUACAGUUCAAGUUCAAUAUCUGGAAAUACAUACGUCACGUUAUGAAGCAUCACGUGUGGAGUGGGUUUAUCUAGGAAUAUUACGAGGGGGCGGAGUGAUGGCAAUGAUGAGGGGAGCGAUGGUUAGGUAGAUUAAGUAAGUGGCACUAACUGGAAAAAAAAGGUGAUUUAUAACUACUUGAGUGUAACUUUCUUGCUCAGCAACUUUCCAACGAAGCGAAGUACUACCCACGCCUACAAGUUAGACACUUCGAUGCAAAUGUUUUUUCUGACGUCAUCAUAAUUUAUGUUCCCUCGCGCGAAAUCUAUAGCGUCAGUUCGCUUUCUGAGCUCUGAUUGGCUUCGCAAAAAGUAGAAAAAGUUCGAAAUACUUAUUUCACUGAAGCAAAUAUUUUGGAUAGAAAUGUGAAUGUUCAUGCGCAUGAAACGAUUCCUUCGAUUUGAGCGAAUACAUUCGCGUAAUGGAAAACGGCCUUUAGUGUAGGACACAACCCCUACCUUGGACUUGCUGUGGUUUAAAUGCAGUCUUGUGAAAUGUUAUCAAUUGAACUCUCGAACAAGAUGAAAAAAUGCAUUAUGUAAAGUAGCAGAUGUUUAAUCAACAAAAAACUGAUACUUUCAUUAAUGAAAUAUUAAAUAUUAUGAUAACUUUUGGUCAAUCUGUACUGGUUUAUGAAAGGAUUGACAAUGUCAAGUUGAGCAUAUCAUAUUAAAACAUAUAAGCCAAUCAAAUUAAUAAGUUAAAGAUAGGACAUUAGAGUUACACGAAUGAAACAACCAGAAAGAAGUUUCUGUUGAAAUACACACAACCAAAUACUUUGGCUUAUAUUAGUUAACCAAUUAAGUGCUUCAGCACUUAUUAAAAUUUUUGGACGAUUCCUAAGAGCACUUAGCAUUAGAAUGGUACCAUAUGUUGUAAAUUAUUAAAAUGUAUUAAAAUUAUGUGAGUAAUUGGUUGUUUAAUAGUGUCACAAUGAUAUGAAACAGGAAGACAUUGGUAUCAAUGUUAUCUUAAUGAUGUGCUCAGACAUUUAUUAAUAGCAUAUAUGUCAAUUAAAUGCUGCAGCUAUUUUUCGAAAAGGCAUUUUUGCAUAAAAAUCGCAUAUAUGAUAAAUUUUGAUGUUCCGCAUAGCAAAAUUCAUGUUCAAUGCGUUGGUAAAAAGCGUACACUUGCCUGCAUUAUUCUAGUAUGUUUAGCAACCAGUUAGUAAUGGUAUGUGAUUUAUUUUUUGAUAAAUCAAUAAGCUAUACCAUGAUGCAUUUUUUACUGCUUUUAUAUUAAAAUGUGCUAUUUUAAUAAGCUGAUAAUAGAGGGCUCACUCCAUAAACAUUGGUGACGGUCUUGUCAUCAGCUUUGUAAAUAAAGCUGAGUUUGAAGAAAACACUUGUCUUGUGCUUUGUUAUUUUGUAUUUACUAACUUUUAAUUUACAAAUUAAUUGGAGUACACUCAUUAACUUUAAUUAUAAAAAUACUACUGCAGUUGUUAAGCACUUAUAAAAAGUGAUGAAAUACACCUUGCAGAAAAAAUUAAAUUAUUAUGGAUAAUAGGAGAAGGGGGGGUGGUAAUGAAGGUGGUUGGUUCUAAUAAAAAGGUGUACCAUGACGGGUAAACAUUAACUUUUUAUAUAAUUUUCAGAUAAAAUAAAAAAAAAAAAA